AUGCCAAUGCCAAAAUGCAAAAUCUGUGAUGAUGAUUUCUCAAGUGAAAAUGGAGACCAUAAUCCUAGGAAUUUGAUCAUUCAACUUAUGACAAAAACUACGAAGGUUGAAGAAAAAAGUUCGGACAACUUCCCACCGAAAUGUGAAGAACAUCCGUAUAAUCUUGCCGAGUUUGUUUGCAUUGAAAGCGGCUGCUCUUCAGAAAACAAGCUCAUGUGUCGAACUUGUGAGGAAUUUGGAGCUCAUAAGGAUUAUACAAAAGAAUUGCUGAUAUCAAGAGCUGCUGAACUUCGGAGAACAUUAGGAUGUAGGCUCACGCAAAUAAAAUUAAACAUUCAAAGCUACACAGAGAUGACAAACAAAAUAUAUAUCAAAAAUAAUUUUGAUAAAAUUCGCCAGUCAGUUGAUGAAAAAGAAAAGAAAAUAAUCGAUGAUACAACGGCAGAAGCAACAAGAAUACGGCAACUUAAUGAAGAAAAUAUAACAUAUUUAACUGAUUUGAAAGCGAGACUUGUUGAAAGUACAGAGACAAUUGAGAAGCGUAAAAAUAUGAAUGAUAUUAAUCUAUAUACCACCGCAAUUGAGCUACCUGGAAGAUGGUCUCACUGGAACAUUAAUAUUGCAAGAUAUCGACCAGCUGACACAAAGGGAAUGAAUGUGAAACUUCCUAACUUCAAAUUUCAAGAUGAAAAUCGAACGUAUUUCACUUUGUCUGAUUUAACACUGAAAAAAUAUUUAUUUGAAUAA